AUGAUUAAACAACAGCAACCACAACAACUUAAGGCGCAAAGCGCCCAGGUCCUUCAGACCAUUACAUACGCCAUAUAUGCAUAUAAUUCAAAGACGGCAGAACAAACGCAAAGGUUGAAAUAUGGAGAUUUGGAGAUAGUAUUGAAAAAUGACUGUUUCGAAUUCGUUUGCAAAGGUGGUGCAGUGAUAUCAAAUAUAAAAGAAAUUUUAUUUAUGAAUUCUAAAAUUAAAGGUAUAACGGAUGAUAUAACAUCAAUUCCACCAGAAGAACAGAGAUAUUACGCAUUAAAUGCAUUUCCUAAAGUUUUGAAGAUUGGAAGAUUUAAUUUAAAUGAGGAAUUCAUAGAAGGUUUCCUAAACGACAUAAUGAAGAAAGCAGAUAAGGAAUAUGUGGAUAGUGAGUUAGAGAAGAAAGCAGAUAAGGAAUACGUUAAUACUGAAUUAAAUAAGAAGGCAAAUUUGGUUUAUGUUGAUGAAAAAGAUAAUGAAAUUAAAGAAAAAGUUGAAUGGUAUCAUGAAUGGACAUCGGAGACUUUUAAAGUUAAAGCUGAUACAAGAUGGGUUUCAGGAUGUUUAGACCUGAAAGCAGAUAAAACUUAUGUUAACGAUGAGUUAGAGAAGAAGGCGGAUAAGGAAUGGACAUUUGAGACUUUUAAAGUUAAAGCUGAUACAGGAUGGGUUUCAGGAUGUUUAGACCUUAAAGCAGAUAAAAAAUAUGUUAACGAUGAGUUAGAGAAGAAGGCGGAUAAGGAAAAAGUUAUUUCAUUCAUUAAUACUGAGUUAGCAAAGAAAGCUGAUAUAUCAUUUGUUAAUGAAGAAAUAAAACAAUCAGAGGUCUAUUUUACCCCACCAUUUUUAAAUUUUAUGAAAUCAUCAGAUAAAACCUUUGAUAUAGAUUCUUUUGAAUGGAUAUGUUUCGAUGGAGUGACCAUGUAUUUAUUUUAUAUAGCUGGAGUGCUUUAUUAUUUUAAAACAAAUGAUUUUAAAAACUAUGAAUCAUUUACUCCAUCUGUUUGGAAUCCUGAUACACGAAAGCCAAUCAUUAAUCCAAGAAUUUUAUAUGUUGAAUAUAAUAACGGUAAAUUUAUGGGAAUGAUAACGGUUGGAGAUGAUUUUUGCCCUUGUUAUUCAUUCGAUUGUAUCCAAUGGUUCAAAUGUAAUUUAAAUCAAGAUGCUAAAUUUAAAUAUCCAAAUAAUCCUAUUAGAUGCGUUAAUAAUAAAUGGGUACUAAUUUAUGAAGUCAAUCAAAUUUUCAUUAGUGAGGAUGGGAUAAAUUAUUAUAUGUUUAGUAUGAUGUCAUCAGAUUUGGAAAUUGAUUAUACAAGUAAGUGGUAUUACAUUAACAACAUGUAUUUUAUCCUACAAAAUGAUAAAAUUUAUAGAUCAUAUUCAAUACCACAAGGUCGUUUUGAACAAAUUUUUCAAGCCGAUGGAGACAUUGAAGCUUUAUGUUAUGGAUCAAAUGUUUGUGUUCUCGUUUCAGGUGAAAUGGUCUAUUCAUAUCCUGUAAGUUAUAACAGACAUAUUUAUUUAUCACAGGAUUUAUCAAAUUGGGAAUUG